CCUUCAAACUGAAACCUAAUAGUUGUGAGACUAUUUCAAAACAUAACGAACGCGUCGUGCUACAAAAUUACUAGUUUUACUCUCAACCCUGCAAAAUCGUUAGUGUUUUGCAAAAAUGUUGAAAAAAUUCGUGGAAGUAAAUGCAGAAUGCAGUCCCUCAGCGAAUCCCUACGAGGUGCGGACCUAUCUGGGCAACGAAAAGUCGCCGGAAUGGAAGGCAGAAAACUGUCCACCACGCGAUCGUGUCUGCCAGAAGAAGCCCCCUAACUCCACGAUCUCCCAAGUGAUGACCAUCGAGGAUGAGCUGCGCCGCAUCCACCAAAAGGCGGAAGAGUCUCGCUUUAUUCGCCCAUACAAGAAGCGUUGUGCCCUCUACGACGAUUACACCAUGUGCAUCGUACCUCAGCGUACUGCUGCGGAGCUGAAAACGCACGCCGAGAUGCGAGAACGCCUGCUGGCAGCCCGCAAGGAUUUCGGCCUGGUCGAGCACGACGCCAGAGUCGGAAGGACAUGUCCCAAGGACCUGGUGGUUCUCAACAGUCCCAUGGACAUGGGCGAAGAGGAGCAGCAGGCCGAAGAGGGGGAGGAGGAGGAAGAGGGAGACGUCAAGCCACAACUAGCCACUCCCGAGUGCAGUUCGGACAUGAUCAUAAUUCCUGAUAAGCGCAUGUUGGAGCUUAAGCGCCCCAAGAGUCGCAUCUACCUGAACGAGACUGAAGUGGGCCCCCUGGAGGUUCUGCCCUUCCCCUCCUACAAUCCGCGUGUCCUGCAAGAUGGAUUAGAGGGCGAGAAUCUAAAGACCUACGACAUCAUCGAGGGCUGCAGUCCACAGGAUCUGUGGACUUGGAAUGUGGGCUAUCAGAAGCGCGAGGAGGAACUUGACCAGGAGUUCAUCUCCGCUUCCUUACCCAAAUAUGAAAACGACGGCGAACUUACGCUCUAUAAUAUACCUCAACAGCUGGAAAAGACCUUCACCGCGGAGAUUGUGUUUGGAAAUCGAAACAUCUAUCCCGAACCAAAGCAGGAGUCCUACCGACUGCAAUAUUAUAAUCGGCCCAGUGAGAUCGGUGCCCUUAUAGUGGCCUUUGUGGAGAGCUUCCGCUUGAACCCCGAUUUCUGGACGGCAGGCACCAUGGACGGUAUUCUAAAGCGCGGCGUGAAGUUGACCAAAAAGAGCGCUAGCCUUAACUACAAAUCGGAGACGAACGAUUUCGAUAUCAUUCAGCAGGUGGCAGAACGCGAUGCCGCCGUGGAGAUCAAGAUCCAUUUCUCCGGACUGCUGAAGAACGAGCCCAAUAUGUUCAAGGCCCUUUCGCUGUUCUUCUCCAAGUACAAUGCCUGCAUCCUCACGUCCCGCGAUCUCUUCCUGCUGAUCUGGAAGCGCUGCUUGAACUCCUACUAUAUCUUCGAUCCCAAUGGACGGGCUGAAAACUGCGAGCGGGAUUUCGAGGAGGGCAAGUGCUCGCUGAUGGCCACCCGCUAUACGGAACACCUGGUGCACCUGAUCACCAAGUUCAGUGAUCUGCAGCCGCAGGAUGAGUUCAAUAUCUUUGAGAUAGCUUUGACUCAGUAUGGAAAACUGAAGGAGCCGCCUUUGAGGCCGAUGGAGAACGAGGAGUACCAUAAACUCUGGGCGGUGGUCAAUGAGAACUUUGCGGUUAAGACAGCGGCAACGGGUGGCAUUCAUCAGCCCAUUUCCGGGAACGAGAAGAACGCCUCGCUGGUUGUCUCCCUGAUAGCUCUCAUUUACUCCGAAUUCGAGCUGGCCAAACUCUGGAAGCCAGGCACUGUGGAUGAUAUCGUAAGGUAUGGCGUGGCCUACUACAAAACCCUUCGCAAGAAGUUCCGUCUGGACGGCAAGCGCUGGAAGAACAAGAAGCCCCAUUUGAAUGUGGUGGAUCUGCCGGAGAUGUUCCUAAUGGGUGCUUUCAAGGCAACGGUUCGCAAGCAUCCCUUCAUGAUCAAUGGCCAUGUGGCGGACUGCAAGAACUAUUUGGAGUCCCAGCUAACGAUGGCCCUGCAUCAGUUGUUCAACAUGCCACAGUGGCCAUCGGCCUUGCUACAGAUCGACAAUUCGGUGAUGGCUUUGUGGAGGGACAAGGAGUUCUUCUAUGUUUUCGAUCCCUUUCGGCGGAAUCGAACGGGUCUGGUGGUGGAUCCCGACGACUACACCAUCAAGGGUCUGGCUGUGCUGCAAAUGCACGCCACCUUUGACUCCUUCGUCCGUGUGCUGUACAUGAAUGCGCUGAAGAUGCGCCGUGGUGGCAAGUUCUUCAUCCAUGGCAUACGGACUGGCUGCAUCCGACCGCUGCAGGUGAUGACACCGCAAACGAACAAGUUUCCGGGUCUGCAGAUGGGUCUGCCCACGUUCACGGAUGAGCCGCCGGCACCGGAGCUGAAGCAGAAGAAGAGUAUCGAGAGCAUUCCGGAGGAGGAACGCUUCCCCACCGUCGAUGAGAAGGAGAUGGUGGAGGAGCUGAUUAACAUGAUCAUCAAUAGCAUUAUCAAGGAGUUGCCGGAACCGCAGCCAAAGAGACCACAUCUCUACAAGCCAGCCCAGAAGGUGCUAUUGCGCACGGAUCAGGAGAACCUCAAGGCCCUGCGGCUGAAGAUCAAGCGAGGCUAUGAACUGGGCCAGGAGGAGGAGAAGGAGGAUCUGAAGAGGGUGCUCACCGUGGAGGAGGAGGUGGCUCUCAAGAGCAACUUCAAGGCGCUGCCAGAUGGUUCCUGGAUCAUCGUGGGCACCACGCAACUUCCUCAGUUGGACGAGGAGAUGGCUAAACUUGGAGGUCUACUGGCCGGCUUGGUGGCCAUGGCCGUUUCCUCCAAGUACAAACUCUCCACCUGGAAUGCCGACCUCAUUGAAUUCUCUUUGGAGUCGGCAAAUAGCUUUGGAGAUGAUUACCAGAACUACGAGUACUUACUGGCCUGUCUGUUGGCCAAGAAACUACCGGAUAUAGCCAUUGGCGAGAGCAACUUCACUUUGGAGGUCAAGAAGGUUGUGAAGUCCUCAACCAUGGUACCUCUGCGCCAGGUCUUGGUGGACCUACUGGUGGAUAACAACAGGCUGCUUCUCGUUUGCCAGCGCUUCUCCUGUGUGAUCUUCAAGCGCUACAACUUUGUAUACAUGUUUAUUGGCUUUCCCUGCAACGCCAUCGGCUAUCGAAAGGGUGGAUCUGGUCCAGCUUGCCUCCUCCGCUUCGUGGAGCUGGAUGCUCUGAUCAAGCGCAUAGAGUUUGGCUGCAAUCCGCAGGGCUGCUCAGUGAUGAACUUCAUCGUGGCCUGCAUCCAGAUGGUGGAUAAUAACCUUCACGGCAGAUUCCGACCCUGGCGCAAGGAGGACGAUGACAAAGAGGUCAAACAGGAGACGGCGAGGCAGAAGAAGCUGCGGGAACAGCGGCUGGACAAGAUGCGCUUCAUCGACGAGGAGCUGCAGAAGGAGGACGAGCGCAUCCAGAUGUUCCUCAAGGCCAAACAGGAGCACAUGGACCGGAAGGCUGGAAAGAAACCGGAGUACCGUGACAUUGGCAUUGACGAGGGCGAAGGCGAGGAAGGCGACGAGGAGGAGGACAUGGUCGGCAUCGAGGAGGGCGAGGAGGAAGGCGAGGGCGAGGAGGAGGUGGAGCUGAAGCACCGUCCUGGCAAGAAGCUACCAAAGGAACUUCGUCGUGCAUACAAACCACGUCCUAUUAUGUUUGGCUACAGGAUGCGCGAAAAGGACUGCAACUUCAAGAUCCAAGGCAGUUUGGCGCUCGAGGGCCGUGAGGAGGGGUCCUUUAAGACGAUCAAGCCGUGCUACUUCGCCUCCGCCCUGGCCAUCAUUAGUUGCUCCCUGCGUCCCUUAAAUCAAUGGAACUCCUACCGCAUCGACCGGGUGAUCAACAAUGCCAAGGCCAUUUCCACGGGGGUCUGUGAACUGGAAUCGGUGUUCGAACGCGUGGUUCGCCAUGUGACCAUCGACGAUUAUGAGUUUGACAUCUGGAUCCGGUGCAUUGAGCCGGCGGGCAUGUGGACUCCAACUCCGGUGAAGAAACCCGGCACUCCGGAAGUGGGUCUGAUGCUCUUCAAGAAGAAGUUCGGCAAACUGCUGAAUCUGCGCAAAUACAUGAUCAUCUUCACGCCCAACGGCAGCUAUGCCAUCUACCACGACGAGUUCUUCCACCUGUUCGAUCCCUAUGGCAGCAUGGAGAAGCCUGGCGGAGAUGAGGAGCAGGAGGACGAGGGUGACGAGGAGGGAGGCAGAAAGAAGAAGCGCUGUCCCAAGGGCCCAAAACGUUGGCCCGAACGAAACACCGCCUCCUGGGUUCUGCUCUACGAUGUGGAUUCCGUGAUCAAGUACAUCGAUGAGCGCAGUGCGGCCAAGAACUGGAAGGAGAAGAACCUGUACAAGUUUUUCGUGGUGGAUGUGCUGUCGCACAAGAAGGCGGCACCGAAUGCCAGAAUCCUGCAGCUGCUCACCGAUCUCUCGAUACCGAUGACCUGCAGCAACAAGCAGUACGGCAGACCGGAGUACGAGAUCUGUGCCACCAACGAAUCCCUCGGAUGGUUGGAGCUGGAGAACUGUCUGCCAGUUUGGAGCAGGCUCAAUCGACGCAAUACGGCUGGCAAGUAUCGCAACCUGCCGGUCAGCAAGAUCAAGAAGUUCGACAUCGAGAUCGAGGGGCGUUUGUGGUCGCUAUGGGGCAACCUGCAUCCCGAGGCCCCAGUAUUCAAGGACGAUGUGAGGGGUCGUCAGUACCUGGGCUGCUAUGUGAUGGCCUGUUGUGCGGCCAGUGUCUACCGGCUGAUGGACUGGAGCCCCCAUCUCCUGGACACCAUCGUUGUGAGCGGAAACACCUACUUCAAGGAGAGCAUCGAUCAGAUCAGCAAGGAGGACUACGAGUUCUCGCUGGAGAACCUGAACAUCGACUGCUCCAUGGACACCAUCAACUUUGUGGUGCACAUCGAGCAUGUUUGCUAUGGCAAACUCUACCGGGUGCCCACUUUCAACCGGAUGAAUCUGUCCGAGGCUCUGAUCUACUUCUUCAGCCACUACCAAUUCGGAAUAGUGAGUGUGCGCAAGCGGUCGCUGGCCAUUGGGUUCUGCCCCGGCCACGAUGGCGGAUACUUCAUGUACGACUGCCAGGAGAAGGACCACCCGCUGUUCCCCAAGCAACAGGGCGCCUCCUACAUGCUGCGCACCCGCCACCUCCAGGUGCUGCUCUACUGCGUGGUGGUCACCCUGAACGUGCCCUUCUACAACAUCGACUUCAGCAUCCACAAGGUGGAGAUGCUGCGCGAAGGAGCAACCGUCGAGAACGAGGAGGAGGAGGGCGGCGACGAAGAGGGCGGACCUUGAUCAGGAGCAGGAGGAGAUGGGUUUGGUAUUCGUUCGGGCAGACGCUGAAAAUUAGUUACUAUUUGUUUGGAUAAUAUCUAUGAAAAGGGAAAUGAAAAUUACAUUACAUUUAUUUUUGAAUAAACACUUUUACAGAA